AUGGGUAUAUCUUUCGAUCUCUGGGGUCAAUUACCAAUACAAAAUCCUGAAGAAACUGGAAACAGUGGUUGCGAUGCACUUUGGGGAAAGGAAUGUUCAAAUAACAUUCUUGCUAAAUUGAUAAGUUCGUUUGAAAAUAUCGAAAAUUCAAGCUGUGGAGUUCCAAUACCAGACAUUCAAUCAAAACCUCCUCCAGGUUGUCCAGUAAAGAAUUCGUCUGGUAGUGGAAUAGGUAGUAUAGCAUUCCUUCGUAAUGGUACUUUUAUGCUAGGUGAGUCAGGACCAACAGAUCCAUCAAAAGCAUGGGUAUAUUUUCAAAGUGAUCCUUCAGUCAAUGGUGAUUAUGAUGAACUUAUGAAAUAUUUUGUCUUCACAUAUUUUGCUGGUCGUUCUUAUUCAUCAGGCAUGAUCGACGCUACGAUUUCUUGCAUGUCUGUUUUUAAUAAAACCAUAGGCCCAGAUGGUGAAAACUCAGCGCCACAAUUGACCGUAUCUGGAAACAUUUUGAUUUUUGUCUCUUUAUUCGCUAUUUUCUUCAAUAUCGGUUUUUAG